AUGUCGUCCCUUCCCCCAGUUUACAUCGUCUCGGCCGCCCGUACGCCUACGGGCAUGUUCUUGGGCUCCCUCUCGAGCCUGAGUGCUGUCCAGCUGGGCUCUCACGCCAUCAAGGCUGCCGUUGAGCGCGCCGGCAUCAAGCCCACCGAUGUCGAGGAAGUCUUCGUUGGCAAUGUUCUCUCCGCAAACCUCGGCCAGAACCCUGCCCGCCAGUGUGCCAUUGGCGCUGGCCUCCCCGAGUCGACCGUCGCAACCACCAUCAACAAGGUGUGCGCCUCCUCCAUCAAGGCCCUCAUUGUCGGCGCCCAGACCAUCAUAACUGGCAAUGCCGAUAUCGUCGUCGCAGCGGGAACCGAGAGCAUGUCCAACACCCCCCACUACCUCCCCAACCUGAGGACCGGCGCCAAGUUCGGAGACCAGCCCCUGGUCGACGGUGUGCUGAAGGAUGGUCUGACCGACGCAUACAAGAAGGAGCACAUGGGUCUGCAGGGAGAGGAGUGCGCAGACGACCACGGCUUCUCCCGCGAGGACCAGGACGACUACUGCAUCCGCUCCUACAAGAAGGCCAACGCCGCACACGAGGCCGGCUGGUUCAAGGAGGAGAUCGCUCCCAUUGAGGUUACCGUUGGACGCGGCAAGCCUGCGGUCGUCGUCGACCGCGACGAUGAGCCCAAGAACUUCAACGAGUCCAAGACGCGCACACUGAGGCCCUCUUUCAAGCCCGGAAACGGAACCGUCACCGCUGCCAACGCUUCACCGCUCUCCGAUGGCGCUGCUGCUCUUGUUCUUGCCUCUGAAGAGGCUGUCAAGAAGCACGGCCUCAAGCCCAUUGCUAAGAUCCUCGGCUGGGGUGACGCUGAGCAGAACCCCUCCAAGUUCACCACCGCCCCUGCGCUCGCCAUGCCCAAGGCUCUGAAGCACGCCAAGGUAGAGCUCUCUGCUGUCGAUGCCUUUGAGAUCAACGAGGCCUUCAGUGUCGUUGCGCUCGCCAACAUGAAGAUCCUUGGUAUCCCAGAGGACAAGGUCAACCUGCACGGUGGUGCUGUCGCGCUCGGCCACGCGCUCGGUGCCUCCGGUGCCAGGAUCACAACUACACUGCUCGGUGUGCUAAGGGAGAAGAAGGGCAAGAUUGGCUGUGCCGGCAUCUGCAACGGUGGUGGUGGCGCCUCUGCCAUUGUUGUCGAGUCGAUGCAGUAG